UGAUGGUAACCUAGGCAUGCGAGGGUGGGAAAUCUAUACUUUAGAGUGUUGGUAACUACAUCAAUGCUAUGCUGGUAAGACUACUUUACUAAGCAACGGCCCAUCAAUCAAGUUGGCUAAAUGAUCGCCAUGAGCUAAGAGAACAAGGAACCUCUUCAAUCCAGUUUGCCAAGGAAUCAACCAACCCAUUUGCAAACAUACAUCUUCCCACGGUCAAAGGGUACCACCCCAAACCUCGCAAGUAACCUAGUUUUAUAGUCAGACGACACUCAAUUUUGGUUGCUAAAUGACAACAUCAGAAGCAAAAUCAGCCAAAAAACUAAUCAGAUGAGCAUUUCAUAGUGGAGUUCUUCGCCGUCGUGGAGAGUUAAAACUAGACGCUGAUAAAUCUCCAAUCCAUGGCUCCACGCAGUCACCAAGCACGCCUCAUAAGUCCGUCACACCAGGUUGGAGCCCGUGUAUUCGUGCACACCUUCACAGGCAACGGUGAGCACAGUUUUGACCACGCCCUCCUCACCGACGACGACAAGUACAACAUCAGCCAUGCCCUGAUUUCCUUGAUCCACUCCGCCCCUCUCCUCCGUUGCCACGCGGCGACGAAGGCGGGAUCCGUCUCCUAGCGGAGGCAGGGAUCUCCCGUGCGUGCCUCGAGGUGCUAGUCACCGCUGAUGGCCUCGCACUGUCCUUCCGACCGACCACCACCGCCGUCCUCACCGGAUUGUUGCAGCGGCGAGGCUAGCCAUCGGGAGCAAGGGCCCCUUCUUCCCCAAUGGAGGCAGAGACCUCCCGCGCGUGCCUCGAGAUGCUGGUCGUUGCCGAUAGCCUCGUGCAGCCCUUCCCACUGGCCACCAUCAGCGCUCUCGCCGGAGUGUUGCGGCGGCGAAGCUAGCCGUCAGGAUGGCUGAGGAGAGUGGAGCAAUGGCUGGAUGAAGCAAGUAGGUGGGCGCUGCCUUCGUUGGGGCCUCGUGGGUAGGUGGGAGCAGAGGGGAUUGAUUGGAACUGAAGAUAAGGAAGGAGUGGAGGAAAGCAGAGGUUUGAAUCGGAAGGAGCAAAGAAAGAACGAGAGGAUCGGACGGAGCGGAACGCGUCCGCGCGUAAUGCAAAUAGAUUUUCCGUUUUCUUUUACAUACAUAAGCCGCCUUGCUCGCCUUCCUCCUCGCGCGAGCGCCGACAUCGCGAUCUCCCAUUCGAUUUUCCCAUCACCCAACGAACGGAUUCCGCCCUUUAGCUCCCUGUUUCAUUUCCUCAAUCUCCCCCAAUUCUCUGCUGCCCUACCUUUCCCUACUGGGUCCUCCAGCACGGGUGAUGACUUCGAAGCCCUCUCCCACGCCAAACGGCGCCGGCGCCGGCGCCGGUGGGGGCGUACGCCGGUGGAAGAGACUCUGGGUGGCAACCGCGGCGGGGCUCCUUCUGGUGCUCCUCGCCGCGGCCGUGAGCUCACGUAGCCUCCCGGCCAUUCCCUCCUACUCGCGCAGCGGAGGCUGCGGCUGCCCUGGUGCCAGGAAGUACACCGGGCUGGUGGAGGACUGCUGCUGCGACUACGAGACGGUGGAUGCCAUCAACGAAGAUGUGCUUUAUCCGAUCCUGCAGCAGCUCGUCUCGCUGCCCUUCUUCAGGUACUUCAAGGUUAAAUUGUGGUGUGACUGCCUUUUUUGGCCUGAUGAUGGAGUGUGCGCGCUCAAGGACUGUAGUGUCUGUGAGUGCCCAGAUAAUGAAUUUCCCGAACCAUUCAAGAAGCCUUACAGUGGCCUUUCUCCACAAAAUAUGAUCUGUCAAGGAGGAAAACCAGAGGCUACUGUUGAUAGAACUCUGGACAGCAAAGUUUUCAAAGGAUGGGUUGAAACUGAUAGUCCAUGGACAUCGGAUGAUGAGACAGAUAAUGCUAAGAUGAAUUAUGUGAAUCUUCGACUAAAUCCUGAACGCUACACUGGUUAUACUGGUGAUCCAGCUAGGAGGAUAUGGGAUUCUAUCUACAAAGAAAAAUGCAUAAAAUAUCCUUCAGAAGAUAUGUGCCAGGAGAAGAAGGCAUUAUACAAGCUAAUUUCAGGAUUGCACUCCUCAAUUUCUGUACACAUUGCUUAUGAUUAUCUUCUAGACAAAUCUACUGACUUGUGGGGACACAACCUUCCGUUGUUGUAUGACCGUGUUCUGAAGUACCCGGAGCGUGUCCAAAAUCUGUACUUCACAUACCUAUUUGUUCUUAGGGCAGUGACAAAGGCAACAGAUUACCUCGAGCAGGCAGAGUACAACACUGGCAAUCCCGAAGAGGACUUGAAAACACAAUCUUUAGUGAAGCAACUGCUUUACAACCACAAGUUAAGAUCUACAUGCCCAUUACCUUUUGAUGAAGCAAAACUCUGGCAAGGUGAAAAUGGCCCUGAACUAAAGCAGGAGAUUCAGAAGCAAUUUAGAAAUAUUAGUGCAAUUAUGAACUGUGUUGGAUGUGAGAAGUGUCUAUUAUGGGGAAAGCUACAAGUUCUUGGUCUUGGAACUGCACUGAAGAUUUUGUUUUCUGUUGACAGAGAGAACAAUUUGAAUCAACAGUUCCAUCUGCAGCGAAACGACGCCAUUGCGCUGGUAAAUCUUCUGAAUAAGCUGUCAGAAUCCGUCAAAUUUGUACAUGAAAAAGGACCGUCCGCCGAGGAAGGCAUUAAACAACUUAGGUCUUCAACUGUGCAAAAGGGUGCUUCGUAACUGAAUGCAAAUCCUUUCAGUCCGACGUGAAGCCGCAAGCGUCAGGUGGACGCCGUCGGCCGUUGUGGAACGACGGAACGUGGCAAGUCCUCCAACGUUUCCGGCAUCAUUGCCACCAUGCGCUGGUACAGUUUUCUCAUAGGAGCUGGCAGCAUUAGCUUCUUCUAACUCUGAAGCAGACGAGCGGUCGGCGUUAAUUGCUUGCACGGUUGCACCGUUGAGCCACAGCCUGACCUUGGUUGGCGGGAGCCGCUGGAGCCGUCACAGGGAGGAGAGAGAUGAGCUUUGAUUAAGGGAAUUGUUGAUUAAUUAGGAAACCUGCCUACGGUAAUUGGUAACGUGGCCGUAACUGCAGGCCUAAAUUGAUGGAGUUUUUCUAAUGGACAAUUGAUGGAAUUUUUUUCUUUUGACACAUGUCUAAUUGGUACUUCCGUAGCUGUUUUUGGAGUACUGGGGUACUGUAAAAAGCCUCAUUUAUUUAUAUAGGCGUGUUGCAAAGACGCAGGAGGGCAAGUUGUAUUUACACCUCCUCCUCUCCAUACCGGAAGACUAAUGUACAUGCAAGGAGCAGCUUCCUAGAUGAUUUUGCAGAUCCUAGACAGAGCUAUAUUUUCAGUUUUA